AUGCCAGUGAUCGUUCCUUCACAUAACAAUGGCACCACGUACUUCGAGCAUCUGCAUCCAGACGAACAACUCCCGUUAAAGUUGGGCUUAAUUCUGUUGGCAUGCACCAUUAUUGUGCUGUUCGUGGCUCUGUUAUUCCUUAUUUGUCGACGAUUAAGACGAUACGCGCGACUGUUAAACGAGAAGGAUUACAACGACAACGAGGAUGACUUGGACAGUGAUGUGGAACUGACACAGUUUGAUUUGGAAAAGUUUCACCUGGCAGCCACUUCGGAACAGAAAGCAAAAUCGACGACACCGGGGUCCAUAAGACGUCAUGAUGCUAAAGAGGAGGGAGCGGUUGAGCAAACUGUAGCACCCCAAACUUCCAAAGCGAUUGAAGAAGUGCCAUUAUCGGCAUUCUCAAUCGGGGAUGAAGAGGAUGAGGCAUCAGAGGAUGGCUAUGCGAGUGGGAAUACUACUGCUGGUGGGGCUUCGAGAUCCGGAACGAAAGAAUCGCACACAGGGGGUCUCAAUCCGACCAACUGCUAUGCAAAACCGGAACGAAUUCAGAUAGUGACUAAAGCAGUGGCUGUCCAACAACCAGUUCGAGAAAUUCAAACAGCCACCGCGGCCACCGCCACCACCGCUACUGACGUGCAACGCACGGACACGAUGACCAAGUUGGUUCAGCCACCGUCCAAGAUGGACCCGGAAGAAAUCGAGGAGAUUGUCUCGCAACUGGAACAACCUCAAACGAUCCCCCUUCCACAUUCCGAUGUCUUCGACGAACCGCUAAAACCGGGAAGUGAUCAUUCGGAAAAAUCCACCCUUGUUGGGUUAGACGAUGCCAAUCUAUUUGAAGAUUGUGCAGAGGAUGACGAAUUGGGUCUAUUUGAUGAGGAAAUUGUGGAAUCCACUACCGGGGGUGAUACGUCCUUGGGUCCGGAUAAAAAGGCCCGCAGUACCGAUUCGAUUGGUGACAUUGGGGCUAUUAGACCUUUGCUACCCAUUCAUCUACCCGAUUGGGCACUUCAAUCCGGUCAAGCUGAGCGAGGUUUUCUGGUCUUUUCCGUACGGAUCAAUCGAAAACCGGGAGCCGGUCCGAACUGGUACCUGGUAGACGUGUGCAUUCGAGAAGCUCGGUGUAUUCUCAGUCAACACACGGAGCCUCGAGCUGGGAAGUUCUAUGUGAAAGCGCGUGUUCAACCAACCGGUAUGUGA